GAGCGAAUCAGAAAGCAGACUGCUACUGGAGCCCCCGGUGGGGAGAGUGGUGUUAUGGAGGAGGAAACGGAGCACCGGGGCAGGCCAGGGCCCAGCGGAAGGUUGGACAUGACCCACGGCUUCGUCCAUCACAUCCGCCGGAACCAGAUGGCGCGAGAUGAUUAUGACAAGGACAUGAAAGAGAAAGCUAAAGAGAAGCAAAGGAAAAGGUACACCCCAAGGCCUUCACGCCCCAAGAAACCGGACAUACAGGUUUACCACCCCCGUCAGAGAGAAAGUUCCCACCCCAGUGCAGGUCUGGCUGAGGAUGACAUUAGUGAGAGCAGUUCCAGUACGGACCCGGAGCAGCUUGGAAAUCAGCUCUUCUGUCUGGAGUUUGAGGCCGAUGAUGGGGAGGUCACCUCUAUCGUUGUGUAUGAGGAUGAUGAUGCUGAGCAGGUUGCAACAAAGAUAUCCGUUCAGAACCAGCUGGAAGCCAGCAUGAAAGAAGCCCUUAAAAGAAGGAUCCAGGAAGAAAUCACCAAGAGAAGAGUUCACCGCUGACUUCUGUUUACUAGAAAAGAGUGCAAAUCAACAAUUGCAUCUGCCGUGGUUA